GAAUAGAAGGUGGACAGCAGCACACAAUGAGGCCUCCAAGAUCACUAAACAGCCUCAUCUUCCCUCGCCACCAUGCCACAGACAAGUCAUAGCAACCUCCUUAUUAUAGGUGCUGGAACAUGGGGGUGUUCUAUAGCCCUCGAGCUUGCUCGGCGUGGCUACACUUCCAUUACUGUACUGGAUGGCAGCUCAUUCCCUGCUGACAUCUCCGCCGGCAACGACCUCAACAAAAUUGCCGAGGAGGCAAACGAGCCGUCGGAAUCCGACAGUGAUGAAGGCUACUUCUGGAACCGGAUGACUCAGCUCGCAAUGCACGCUUGGAAGCACGACCCCCUCUUCUCAUCCUUUUACCACGAUACCGGCUUCAUCAUGUCCGCUGUGGGUGAUGCAGCAUACGAGCGCUGCAAAGAGUACGCGAGGACGGAGAAAACCACCCCCGUGGCUCUGAACAGCAAAGAGGAUUUUCAGUGUACGAUGCCGAAAGACGUGCUGCAGGGCGAAUUUCCGGGCUGGAGGGGCUUUUGGAAGAAACAAGGUGCGGGGUGGGUGUUUGCAAGUGGCGCUUUGCGAGCCAUGCACAAUGAAGCGGUAAGACUAAGCGUGAGUUUUGUGACAGGAGAUGCUGGCAAGGUGCAAGAACUACUGUACUCUUUAGAUAAGAGUGUCGUUCUGGGAGCGAGGGUCGCAGAUGGUGCCGAAUACGUUGCGAAGCACACGAUACUAGCAGCCGGCGCCGGCAGUGAUCUGCUCCUAGACUUUGAAAAGCAACUUCGGCCUACAGCAUGGACACUUGCACACUUACCCCUGUCUGCAGAGGAGGCAGAGCAUUAUCGUAACCUGCCUGUGCUGUAUGGUGUAGACCGAGGCUUCUUUAUCGAGCCUGACAUGGAAAACCACGAGAUGAAGCUUUGCGAUGAACAUCCCGGAUAUAUCAAUCCGGUCAUUAGCAAUGGCGAGCUGCGCUCAGUCCCAUUUGCACGCCAUCAAAUACCCAAGGAGGCUGAAGCACGCAUGCGUUGCCUUCUCGCAGAGACAAUGUCGCAGUUCGCCGAGCGCGACUUCAGCUUCGCACGGAUAUGUUGGGACACAGACACUGUCGACCGUGUCUUCCUCAUUGACAGGCACCCCAAGAUUUCAAGUCUUAUCGUAGCCGUCGGAGGCUCUGGUAAUGGUUUCAUGGCAUGUCCAGCCAUUGGGAUGCUUGUUUCUGACGUCUUCGAGGACAAAUGUGAAACGAGGCUCAGGGAGACGAUGAGAUGGCGACCGGAAAUCAGCAUAGACAGAGAUUGGUGGGAUGCACAGGGCAGGUAUGGUGCCCAUGAAAAGGUGAUGGAUUUUCGAGAUGUAGAUGAGUGGACUACCAUAGGCGUGUAG